CUUCCUCUCUCUGGUACCUCCAUGUCGACUGCACCACACUCAGGUCCAGGCCUGAGAGAUCUCGAGAAAGAAUUGACUUGUUCGAUUUGUACCGACCUUCUCUACCAGCCCCUCACCCUCCUCAACUGCCUCCACACCUUCUGCGGCUCGUGCCUCAAGGAGUGGUUCGCCGUACAAGGAGCCCGUUCCCGACCGUCCUCGUCCGCCCGCUUCACCUGCCCAUCAUGCCGAGCUGCCGUGCGCGACACCCGUCCCAAUGCCACUGUGACGACCUUGUUGGAUAUGGUCCUGACGGCCAGUCCCGACCGAGACAAAUCCGCCGCGGAGAAGGAGGAGGUUGCGCAGAGGUAUAAACCGGGCGAUUCGGUGUUUCCGUCCACGAAUGCGGGUUCAGAUGCGGAGGAUCGAAGAGUGCUGGAGGAAGUGAGGGCUUUGAGUUUGCAGGACAGUCGGUCGGGAUAUCUUCAACAACAACAGCAACAGCGCUCAAGGCAUUCGUCGCGGAGUCGUCACCGGCGGGUAGAGGGUACGGGUACGGAUUCGGAUGAGCGUCGAAGGGAGGAGGAUGGUCGGUCUCGACGACGACGGGAAGGUUCUUCACGACGACAGCGGACGACAGCUGAGGAGGAGGGUCCGGACCGGUCGACAAGGCGGGUGGAGCAUCAGUCGAGUUUGAGGUCACUACUCAGUUUGUCGGAUACGGAAACGAUGCAAGAGGAGAUCUUGCGACAGAUCUUUGAGGAGGGGUUGUUGGAUGAUAUCGAUCUGGAUAAUAUGGGUCCGUCGCAGGAGGAAGAGCUCAGUGAGCGCAUUGCGGAUGCGUAUCGUCGAAGGCAUAGGCUACGAGCACGGUCCCAGCAGCAACGGACAGAAUCUCGAGAGAACUCGCAGACCCCGUCCUCUCGGCCUCGCGCGCGAUCCCAGUCCGUACAGAGGGCGGAAAAUGGUACAGGUGCUGCUGCUAUAAGGGAUACGAGAGAGUCGAAUGGCGGUCCCCCGGUAUCUAGACCGUAUCUUCUGGAUCCGCUUGUCGCGCGUGAAGGGCACUCAGGCCAUCAAAGACGACUGUCAGAUCAAGGGGGAACUAGGUCUCGUCGGAGGACGUCGCCUGUACCGGUCAGCGCGGCGUCUACUUCGGAAGUUUUGCGGCCUGCAGCGCGAUCGUCAAGUGACAUGGUUGCUGAUCGGGCCAGAAAUUCGCAAGCUGGUCGCGUUCGGACAGCGGAGGCUUCAGCAGCAUUCCGGUCACGCCGUGCCACUGCAUCUGAACAUAACGUUCCCAACAUCUGGGUUGAAGGAGCAAGGGAGAGGCAGCUUCGCCCGGCUGGAAGAUCGUCGAUUGAUUCUCCUCGAGUGGCCACGACUUUGAAUCACAGGGGACGCGACGGCUCUUGGCCUUCAAGCCCGGAUGAACCCUCUACAGUGUCGCCUCCGACUAGCUCUUUAGUGGCCGAGGUAGGUGUCGCAGCAAGGCAGGAGCCUCGUUCACGGCCUUCAUCGUCUCGAUCAAAUGCGCCUCCCCGUUCAGCGACACUGUACGUGGAAUCAUCAAUCAAGUGCGACCGGUGCGAUAAGGCCAACAUACAGUAUGACCUCCAUAAAAAGUGUCCCACUUGUAAAGACGGAAAUUUCUACCUUUGUCUGCGAUGUUAUCGUACCGGGAGCGGCUGCCUCGAAUGGACCGGCUUCGGAGCGUCUGCUGAAGCGGAUCUCGCACGCAUUCGCGCAUCAUCGACUGGUGAGCCUCGAGCUCUUAUUGACACAUCGCAUAUACUCCAGUCUUGCAAGUAUCUUCGAACACCAGAAUCUGCCUAUCGAUCCGACAGAGAUGGGCGAAUGGUCACCAACGACGACCCCGCCCGAAGAUUGCAGACUGGGCUGUUCUGUGACAGCUGCCAAUCUCCAGCAAACGACUGUCUCUGGAAAUGUAAUCAAUGCAACGAAGGAGAUUGGGGGUUUUGCAACCGCUGCGUCAACCAAGGUCGCUGCUGCACACACGCCCUGCUUCCCAUCUGCCGCAUCACCCGCGAUAGCCCAUUAGCAUCGCCAACGAGGGCAUACACAAUCACACCAAAUGGCGCCUCGGACGACUGCAAUGACGCCCCUGGAUCUGGCACUGAGAUUUUCAAGAUUCUUUCUUUCACCACAAAUUGCGACAUUUGCACGCACCCAAUCCCCGCCUCAACGCUCCGCUUCCACUGCCUUGUAUGCAAUGACGGCGACUACGACAUCUGCGCAAAUUGCUACCUGCGCCUUGUUGCCACUGGCAAGAUUCGCAAGGAGAACGGUCACAACGGCUGGAGGCGCUGCAUCAAGGGCCACCGUAUGAUCGUCGUUGGCUUCGAAGAUCACGACGAGGGGCAGCGCCGUGUCAUUGUCAGGGAUCUAGUAGGCGGAUGUGCCUUGAACGACGACCACCUUCAACAGCCUUCAUCAUCUUCCUUCACCGUUCCGACUCCUACAAACAUUCAUGCGACUGCGUCGACUCCUGGAACUCCAAACUCUCCAUUCUCUCAUUACACAACUUCAUCUUCAUCCUCUGCUGCAACUGGAACAGGGUCAGGAAUUGCCUCGCCCGAGUUCGCACCCGGCGAUUGGCUAUGGAAGGAAGGCUCGGAGCGACGCAAAAAGGCCUCCCGUCUUCGUCCUUGGCCACUUGGCGGCGAGCGCGAUCGCACUUCUGCCCUUACGUCUCCUCCGUCUUCUGAGCCCAGCACUCCCAAUACGCCGACGUUCGCUGCUCCAACCCCGCCCACCUCCGCUGCACCGGCAUUGACAUCAAGACGCUUUCCUCCCGAUGGAGGCGUUGGGCUGAUUGUGCAUGCUCUGUGGUCGUGGUACCCCGAAGACGGCGUCAAAGAUGAACUGAUGUUCCCUCGCGGUGCUGAAAUCACCGAAGCCGAGAACAUCAACGAUGACUGGUACUGGGGCUGCUAUGCUGGGUUAACGGGGUUAUUUCCAGGCUCACAUGUGCAUGUGGUGGAUGAGAUUGUCUAGUCGGUCGAGGCUGAUGAGACAGGUGCUCGAGGUGCAGGCUUAGUUGGGGGUUGUGCUUGUCGAGGGUUGUUUCUUUUCUGUUUCUGCAUGCUUCUGAUUUUGUUUCUGGUUUCUCAGGACCGAAUUACAUGGGGAAGACGGGCCAUUUCUUACGAUGUGCAUGAAUAAUGUAGCAUAUGAUGAUGAUUAUGAAUUAUGACUUAC